UUGGUGUUGAUUAUUGACAAACGAUUUGUGCGCAGUAAUCUGAAAUUAUUCAUGCUUCGAGCUCAAAAUGAAACAAUCGGAUAGUAAAGGAUCAUGUCGUUGGCUUUUGUUGGUUGCAUUUCAAUGUUUCCUGCUAGAAUCGGAAGUUUCUUUGGCUCAUGAGAAAAUUAAGCGGUUUGUAUCUAUCCAACCAUCAAAUCUCGUGGAGCUCAGAGAAGAGUCGAAGUAUUACACUUCAGCGAUAAAAAAACGAAAUCAUGACUGCUGGUGGACAGGCUGUCAAAAAAACGACUGGGCUGUGGUCGGUUGUGGUCAGUAUAAUAUGAACGAAAAGUCCAAUCGAAACUGUCAAGACGGCAAAGAAUACAAUUGCUGUCCAAAAUCGUUUAAUUCAAAUAUGGAAUCAACGACUUCUACAACUUCAACUACAACAACUCCACCUCCACCUACAGUUGAUUGUUGGUGGACUGGUUGUCAAAAAAAUAGCUGGGCCAGUGUUGGUUGCGCUCAAUAUAAUCGAACCGAGAAAAAUAAACGCGAAUGCGACGACGGAAAAGAGUAUUAUUGUUGUGUGGGUUCACCAGAAUCUCGAGAGUGCUGGUGGUCAACUUGUCAACUUAAAAACGAGACAACUCGAGGUUGUCCAGUUGGUUUCGAUUUCUUAAGUUCUGAACCAUGUGAAGAUGGAGAUUUAUUCCAAUGCUGUGAGAAUCCAGAUCGAAAACUUCCCCCUGAAGUUGAACCAUUUACGGGAGGUUCAUAUGAAAAUUUCGUCCAAUAUUUACUACUUAAGGCUCGUAACUUUACAUUGGCACCAAGCAAUUUACAAUGUACUCAAUUAGAUCCAGGAAAAGAGGUGAUUAUAAGUGUUGGUGAAAAUGACGGGAUUCGAAUGUGUGACUUAUGUCCCAGUUUUCCUAUGGUCUAUUUGAACGAUUUCUUUCUUGAUCGUAUUCCAAGUAAUACUACUUCCAAUGUUGACUUUGUAAAUUGUUUCGCUUCUUGUGAAGCAAACGCUCGUUGUUUAGCCUUUUCCUAUGAUAAAGAAUCAGUUACAUGUUAUAUGUUCAAUUCAACUGUCGGUGUAUUGAUAAGUGACCUAGGGUGGAAAACGGUUCUCAUGACUCAACCUUCAGGAGUAAUCGAGAAUUGGUAUUAUUCCCGACAUACUUCAAUUUCUGGUACUUUUGACAAGAUCGUUGAAAAGACCCAAGGUUUUCGUGAUUGUUUGACACUUUGCUCAAAGGAAGAUUCUUGUAAACAUGUUUCCUUUAACGUUGAUACAACUCAAUGUAAAAUGUAUUCAAAUAUUUUAUCAAUUGAUUACGUUGAUUUUAAUUAUGGUUGGUUAACAGCCUUCGAUUUGAACGACAUAUCAGCUUCUAAUCCCGAUAAUUCAUGGCGAUUUACUCGAGAUGAGAACAAUUUAGAUCUUCUGGCCAAUUCCAAGACCACUGUAGAAAAUUCUUGCACCAAGAUGAAAAAUCUAACUCAUUCUGCUUAUUUCUCGAAAGAAUGUUACACAUCAGGAGCUCUUGGCUGUGAUUCAGCGACCGGGUGUCGAACUUGUUACUAUCCCGAGAAUUCAGGACAACUUUUUGACAACAAUUUAAUCGCUUGUCCAGAUAGUAUAAUGACGAAAUCUUUCGAUUUAGCGAAUGAAGUAUCAACUCUUCGAAUGGUUUCUUGUCUAUCUAAUCCCAAUUGUUUCGGUGUUGGUGUUAACGGUGACGUCGCCUAUUCAGAGGAAAUUGUUCCCGAAACUUUAUCCAAAGCGUAUCAGACUCGUUACAUGUUGAGAUACCCGAAAGAGUCCAAGGGUUUACAUCCGUUCUUGAUGCGAAACGAUUUCCUUGCCGAUUAUGACUUCGUUUCUUCUGGUUCAAUCACUGAAGUUUACAAUGAAAUGACCAAAGAUAAACUUGAAGAUUGUUUAGCUGAGAUCAAUAAGAAUGAUAAAAUUACUAAAGUUAGUUACUCAUUAUCGUCCAAGAAAUGUAAAGUUGGUUCUAACCAAGUAACACUAGUCAACUCACCCAAUCAGGGGUUAAUUACUAUGAUUAAACAUCCAGAAAUAUCUUCAUCAUUAGCUUAUUAUUCAGCGAUCUAUGGAGUUACUCUCGAUACCAGCAAAGCCAAGUUCAAUAUGAAAGAUUGUCGCAAUUGCGAGGAGACUUGUGCUAACUACUGUAAAAAUGACGCCAAAAGUUGGUGCGGAUACUACAGUGUUUCAUACGCUUCCAAUAGUGGCCAAUGUUGGUUUUACGAAGACGAUGAUUCUUUGAUGGUGAAGGCCUCAGAUACAACGAUUACAUACAAACGAACAUCAACUUUAGAGUUUAACUUGGAAUCAUUGAAUCGAUUACCGCUAUUCCAACCUGAUGAUUUCUAUGGGUGUUUCCUUGGAACUGGAGAUCCAGCAACAGGUUCAUCGUCAAGUAAAACAACUGGAGUUGCAUUAAGGUCUCGACGGGGUAUUUUCGAUAAGAUUGGUAACUUUUUCAAGAAAGUCGGCCAAGGAAUUGUUGAUACAGUGAAAAAAACUGUCAACACUGUUGUCGACACAGCUAAAGGUGUUGUUCAAUCCGUUGGUAAAGUAAUUAAAGGUGAUCUUAAGGGUGCUAAAGAUGCUUUCAUGAAGAUUCCAGUUGUUAACGAUGUUAAAAAUGUUGUUGAACUUGGAGGUGCCGUUAUCAAAGGAGAUUGGAACAAGGUUAAAGAAAAAGGUGCUGAUCUACUUCAAUCAUCAACUCUCGAUCUUAUUACAACAGUUAUUCCUGGAGGUAAAAUCCUCGGCAAAGGUUUAAGUGCUGCUGGUAAAGCGCUUGGUAAUACAGGUAAAAUUGCCAAGAACGAUGUCAAGAAAAGCAUCGGUAAAAGUGACACUAAGGACAAAAAAUUGAAGGACAAAGACAAUAACAACAACAACAAUAACAAUAAUAAUAACAACGACAAGAAUAGAGACAAAGAUCAAAGAGGAAGCCAAUGUCCAAGACGCGACAAUCGCACUAAUCGUAAGAGACGAGCAACUAAUGGUCGGAAACGACCUGGAAACGACUGUGACGAUGAAGAUGACGGUAAACGUGAGGGAUGUGCAAGACCAAAUGUCAAUAACAUUAUUGACACAACAACAAGCGAAUGCAACAAUCGUAAGGCUACAGCCAAAUGUAAUUUCGAGUGUGAACCUGGAUAUGAUGAGAACGAUCCUUCAGUAACAUGCACUCGAACGGGUAAGACUCUCGUUUGGAAUCCAGCGCCAAAAUGUACACUUAAAACAUGUAAAGCAGGUAAAGAAGUUUUAAUUGUUCUUGAAACACCAAAGUCGAGAUUGAGCAUCGGAGGAACAUCAAAGAACGUUGUUGCUUAUUGUGUGCUUUUCGAUAGUAAUCGUAAACUACCAAUUUGGUCAGUUACCUUCCAACAAAGUUCGGACUUGAAAAAAUUCCAGAAUCGAGAACACUCAUGGAAAAAGUACCCAUGUACAGCUUUGGCUACUAAACAAGCGGACGAUGGCGAUUAUUCUGGUACCAAUUGGCAAAAAGGUCAUUUGACUCCGGCUAAUGUCGCACUUUGGUCACCAAAAGCUGCCCAAUCUACUAAUUUGUACAUUAACGCAGCCCCACAAGACGGAAGUACCAAUGGUGGAAGCUGGAGAGACCUUGAAGCUCAUGUCCAAUGUUUCGGUGGUCGAAAACGGAUACUUGUCGCAACGGGUGUUUGUGAUGCCUCGAUCGGCAAAUCAAAAUCUUUGGGUGGAGUUGAUGUUCCCUCUUGUUUCUGGAAGUUGUUAUGUUACGAAGAUGAAAGUGAUAACACUGUUGUCGUUGGUUUUAAAUCUGACAAUAGUCAAAUCUCAACGGGUGAUGCUGGUAAAAAAGACAGAGAAACGCGAAGGAAACAAAUUUUCACUCCACUUUCUCAAGCGGAAAUCGGUAAACUUUAUUCGGGUAAAAAUCCAUGGAUUUCAACAGCAACUGAACUGUUCAAAGGCCGUGAGGCUGAAGCUGCGGCUGGAGCCACAAAUUGGACUCCGGUGAAUCCUUUACGUUGUGCAGCGGCAAAUAAUCUGGUUGAUGAUGAGAAAGAUGCUUGGGCUGCUGCUUUCGCACGAAUCGAUUAUGAUAUUGUGCGAGGAAAGGGACCGAAAAAACCGAAGGGUAAAACCAAGAAAAAGAGACAAGCUGAAAGAGGUUUGGGCCGUGGAUGUAUUGAUGACAAUGACUUCAAAUCGGCUUUAUCGUUGGUUGGACUCGCAGCAGGACUUGCAACUUUAGGCGGUGCUGAUGGCAGUGAUUCGCCCAUCGGUGGGGUUGAAGAUAAUGGUGAUGGAUCAGUCCAAGUGAAUGUUCAAAGUUGUGGUAAACGAAUCAUCGGUUAUUAUACUUCGUGGGGAAAGAAACCAAUAACUGGACGAAUGCUACAGAAAUUAACUCAUGUAAUUUAUGCUUUCUUGGAGAUAUCAGCCGAUGGAACCAUCAGCAUUGGUUCACCAGAUCGUAAGAACAGCGCUAACAUUGCAGAAGAAACUGAAAAGGCGAGAAAACGAUUAGAACACUUGAUGUCACUUCGAAGUAUGUAUCCACAUGUUAAGAUUAUGUUCGCAGUCGGAGGUUGGGAGAAUUCUCAAUAUUUCAGUGCCAUUGCCUCUUCUCCUUCAAUGAGACAAACAUUCAUGAGUUCGGUUAUCAAAAUGAUCGAGACUUGGGAAUUCGAUGGAGUCGAUAUCGACUGGGAAUACCCCGUAACCGGAGGUGCCAAUGAAGGUGUUCCAUCCGAUAAAGAAAAUUAUGUCGCCCUGAUGAAGGAAAUGAGAGGUUUACUUGAUUCCUUACAAUCAGAAAAGGGAAGAAAAGACAAAUAUUUAUUAUCUUUCGCUGGUGCUGCUGGACAAUGGACACUUGACCCUGGUUUCGAUUUACCUGGUCUACUUAAAUAUGCCGAUUUCGCCAAUAUCAUGACCUACGAUUACUUCGGUGCUUGGGCUUCUAAAUGGGGAGCAUAUACUGGUCCUCCAGCACCUCUUUUCUUCGGAAUGCCACCUCGAUUCUCUGGUAAGACCAACACCGCUUGGACUGUUAAGUAUUACACUUGCAAAUCGAAACUUCCUCAUAAAUUGAACAUGGGUGUUCCUUUCUAUGGAAGGUAUUGGAAGAAUGUCGGAGAUCCCGUUGAUGGUAAAGAUGGAAUGUGGAGAACAGCGACUGCCGUCAAUGGUAAAUUCGAAGGAGAUUUUGUUCCUUGGGACAAAAUUGGAACAGACUAUUUGUCUAAUCCUUCAUUUACUGUUACUUUCCAUGAGAAAUCGAAAACACCUUAUGCUUGGAGUCCAAGUACAAAGACAUUCUUAGGUUUCGAGAAUGAACAAUCCUUAGGAGAAAAAGUUAAAUAUGCUGUCGAUAAGAAUGUCGGUGGUUUGAUGGUUUGGGCUGUUGAUUUGGACGACGACGAACUGACGUUACUUGAUAUCGUCAGUAAAGCUCCAUUGUGUUCAAAUACUGAUCCAAAUGACAAUAAACACGUUUGCUCACCAAUCGAUGAAAAGAGAUGGUGGACGCCCGAAGAUGGAAGCGACAAAGAAGGACUUUGUGGUAAAUCAGCUCCUCUUUACAAAGGUUAUUAUCCAGUUUGUGACCCCGAUGACCCAGGGUACAGUUGUUGUGGUAAAUUUGGUUAUUGUGGAACUGGACCCGAUUUCUGUGAUUGUCCUUCAUGUAAAGACUUUGGUAAAAACCCCAAGAUCAUUUUAGAAGGAGCAAUUAAGCCUUCCGUUCCUGUUCAAUGGUACAUUCUAAGUGAUCCUGAUGGUAAAAGAGGAAGAUGUGGACGAAAGAUCGAGAAACUGAAUGGCCAGUAUCCAAUUUGUAACCCGGACGAUGACAACAAUCAUUGUUGUUCCAAUGGCGGUUAUUGUGGUGCAACACCCGAACAUUGUACCUGCUCGGGUUGUGUCGAUUUCCGAAAGAAUCCCAACUACAAAUGGGGACCCAAAAAGUGGUGGACAUUAGAAGACGGAGAAAACCUCGGAGGAGCUUGUGGGCCAAAAGCACCAAAAGUAGACGGAGUUUAUGAAGCCGAAUGUGAUCCAGAUUCACUGACUCAUUAUUGUUGCAGUUCGCAAGGUUGGUGUGGAGCCGGAAAAGACUUUUGUGAUUGUAAUGGUUGUAGAAACUUUAAAAACAAAAGUUAAUCAACUAAAAUCUAUUAAGCUAUUCUUUUGCUGAACAAAUCAACAUAUGUAAUCAAUUAAACGAUUCAAUCCCAACUUUCUC